AUGGCUUUUAAUGGUAGUCAUGGUAUUUCUCUGAGCCUUGCUCUCCUCCUCGCUAUCAUGGCUGCUACUCCAUAUGUGGGAAAAGGUGACAUUGUAUCAUCUUUCGCUGCCGUGAGGGUAACUGGCAACUUAUACUGUACUCCUACAGGGAACCCUUCACCAAUCGGUAUUUCACCACCCCUGGUUAAUGCAACCGUGAUUAUAACCUGUCCCAACAUCCCUAGGGUUACUGCUCAAACUGAUGCUACUGGAUUCUUCAAUGCCACCAUAGUUACUCCACCCAGUAUUAACCUUAACCUUGUCCUCAGCAACACUUCAUUGAUUACCGUCUGCCAGGUGUCUGUCCGACUUCCUGUUCGGAGUUGCCUACUUUUACCAGUCAGUGGAAGGAACGCUCCGGGGGGUUCUUACGCCUGUUGGUUUGUUGGUCGAUAA